UAUUAACAUCAGGAGCCCAGCACGGAUUAGAUAGUGGGGGCGGUGUCUGAAAAGUAGAAGCAAGAUAAGGUGGAGGACUGAACCUUGAGUCCACCCCUUUUUGCUUCCUGCUUUGCUGCUCUUUCCUCUUCGACCUCUCCUUUUCCGUGAGCAGCUACUGAACUUGGAAGAAAGGCUCCACAUUUCCAUAACCAUGGCACUCUUUUCUUCCCUCACACCCGUAUUUAUAGCCAUUAUAUGUGUUUUGAUUGGAGUAAUAAUGAAGAAGACGAACGGAGAGAAGGAAAAACGUGACACUAAAAACAAGCAUCCAUCUCGCCCGUGGGUGGAUGAAGAUUUAAAAGAUGGCACUGACCAUCCCUUAGAAGAGGAAGGUGAGGAGGAGUGGCAAGGACUUGAGGAAAAUGUUGCCCAUGUCCCCUUCACUGGCGACCGCUACUCUGAGGCUGAAAUGAUUAGAAGGUCACAGACAUUCUAUGAGCUGCUGAAUAAGAGGAGAUCUGUCAGGUUUCUCAGCGAUGAGCCAGUCCCCAGGGAGGUUAUCGAUAAUGUCAUCAGAACAGCAGGUACUUCACCUAGUGGGGCACACACUGAGCCCUGGACCUUUGUGGUAGUGCAAGAUCCGGAUUUAAAACAUAAAAUUCGUGAAAUUGUAGAAGAAGAAGAGGAAAUCAACUACAAAAAAAGGAUGGGAGACAGAUGGGUUAAUGACCUGAAAAGAUUGAGAACAAAUUGGAUCAAAGAGUACUUGGACACUGCUCCGUAUCUGAUCCUCAUUUUCAAGCAGGUAUAUGGGCGGCUUCCAAAUGGCAAAAAGAAGACCCACUACUACAAUGAAAUCAGUGUUUCCAUUGCCUGCGGUAUCCUGCUUGCUGCACUGCAGAACGCGGGCCUGUACACAGUGACCUCCACGCCCCUGAACUGCGGCCCCCAGCUGCGGGUGCUGCUGCAGCGCCCAGCCAACGAGAAGCUCCUGCUGCUGCUCCCCGUUGGCUAUCCCAAGAAAGACGCCACCGUGCCUGCGCUGGUCCGGAAGCCGCUGGAAGACAUCAUGGUGCUCAUGUGAGCCCAGUGCCAGGAGGAAGGAGAGCAUCCCUGCUGACAGCUGAAGUUGUCACUGCUGUUUCUGUGCAUCAUCCCCCUAUGUCGCUUUUGUUCUGGCUGUUUCUGCAUCUCUAUUUCUUUUAGUGCUAGUAAUCUACUAACAGCAGUGAGCAGUCAAGCACUGUGCCUUGGACAUCUGCUGUUACCUAUCUGACCAGGGCAUUGUUCCAGGGGAUAUGUGCAAUGGUGUUUAAAAGACUUUCAUCACUUGAUUUUUCUCAUGCAUUGUGGGGACGAAUCUCUUCUUGAACUGGAAUAUAUACUUUUGU